AUGAAAGGAAAUUCUAUCUUCUGACGGAAAUGUUGACACAGCUACCCAACGUGAUUCAGGUCAAAACAAGUUUUAAAACUAUUUACUCAAGCGAUAACACGUAGAUAGUGUAUACAGGCUGACACGCCGCACAGGUAUUUAAUUCUCAGGACUAGACGGAAGGUCGAAAGAACAGGGAGGCCAUGUUGGAUUUUAAGUAAACUUUUCGUGUGAUCCCGCCAUCAGAAAUGCAUCCCCGGCGCAGUGCUCAGGAAGUCCUACUGUGUGACCUCUGUGAAACUGUCCCCCUACAGAGUCACUGUGAACUUUGUAAUAUAAAUCUCUGUGUUAACUGUGCAGUAAAGCAUCUCUCAGACUCGUCUAAAAGACACAAUGUCGUGCCGUUUUUACAGAGAAAGGUUACCCCUAACUACCCAAAAUGUCCGAAACACCCCGAAAAACACUGCGAACUUCACUGCGAGGAAUGUAACAUUCCUGUCUGUAUUACCUGCGUCUCCUCAGGUAAACACAAAGGUCACGAUAUGUCAGAUAUUUUGGAAAAACUCAGCGCUAAAACAGAAAGUUUACAAAAAGAUCUAAAAGAACUCGAGACAAGAAUUUACCCGCGAUAUGAAGAAAUGGCCUCCCAUGUGCAAACUGAAAAAGCCGAGUUAGAAACGAAAUACGGGAAACUGACCACAAUUGCUGACCAACAAGGAGAAAUCCUACACCGGGAGAUUACCGCCAUUGUCAACCGACGGAAAUCCGCCAUUGCGGAGAUGAAAACUAAACAUCUGGACGCACUAAAUAAAAAUACAGAAGAAAUCACACAGAAAAUGGCGGAACUCAAACAGAUCAUGUCCGACUUGAAAUCAAUCCUAAAAUUAAAUGACGUCUCCUUAACCUCUACUUAUAAAUCUAGGAAUUCCCAAUUUAGAACAUUACUGCCUAAAGUCCGAGUUACAGUACCGAGUUUCUCUCCUCAGAAAAUAAACAAAGAUCAGCUCAAUGAAAUGUUUGGUUCUCUGCCGCCAUUAUCCAUUAACACAGAACAUGGCGACACAAUGAAGUCAGCAGAAGCUGUAUCGUCUCCUCCAGUCAAACCACUGCUUGAUGAGCCGCGCGUCACCGCCACCAUAUACACUGGGUAUGACGAUCUAUUCAGUGUUAGCUGUCUGAGUGAAGAUCAAGUCUGGACACGCGAGGAUAACGAAACCAUGAAGCUGCUCAACCUCCAGAGUAAACUACUGACAUCAAUAAAAACCAAGUCAGGGGGAAUACCAGAGGACAUAGCAGUGACACGGGACGGAGAUCUUGUUUAUACUGACUAUAGUAAUAACACCGUGAACUUAAUUAAGAAUAAACAGAUACAGACCGUGAUCACACUACAGGGGUGGAUACCUGGCUAUGUCUGCUGUACCGCGGGUAACGACCUCCUGGUUACCAUGGUCAGUGAUGAUUACAAACAAUCCAAAGUCGUGCGUUACUCCGGCUCCACAGAGAAACAAAGCAUUCAGUUUGAUGAUCAGGGUCGUCCUCUCUACUCAUCUGGUGGUAUUAUCUAUAAAUACCUCAGUGAGAACAAGAACCUGGAUAUCUGUGUGGCUGACUGUGGAGCUAGUGCAGUAGUGGUGGUCAAUCAGUCAGGAAAACUCCGCUUUAGAUACACUGGUCAUCCCUCUAAUACCAAGCAAUCAUUUUAUCCAUUCGGCAUCACUACAGACAGCCAGAGUCGCAUCCUGACAGCAGAGAAUCACCGUAUCCACAUCCUAGAUCAGGACGGACAGUUCCUCCGUUACAUUCACUGUGAUUUAAAGUCUCCUCACGGUUUAUGUGUGGACAUCAGAGACAACCUCUUUGUGGCUGAGCGUGUCACUGCUAAAGUGAAGAAAAUCCAGUAUCUAUAAACACAGUGUUAAUUACACAGCUCUACAGUGUUAAUUACAUCUACCAACACAGUGUUAAUUACAUGUCUAAUCACAGAGUAACUUACAGCACUGUGUUAAUUACAUCUGCUUGUUAAUUACAGUCCUGUGUACAUAACAACCCUAUGUUAAUUACAAUCCUGUGUAAAAUACAGUCCUGUGUUAAUUACAGUCCUGUGUACAUUAGGGUUCUGUGUUAAUUACAGCCCUGUGUUAAUUACAGCCCCGUGUUAAUUACAGCCCCGUGUUAAUUACAGCCCUGUGUUAGUUACAGUCCUCUGUUUGUGAUGUGUAACAUUAUUUUGUUUGGGGGGGGCAAUAAUGGACACAAGUUUUAUACGGGGAUAUUUAGGGUCACAUUUUUGAAAUUCUUCAUCUCAACAACAGCAGGGUCAUGUUAAUAUGUAAACACGUUCAGAUAUUGCAGGUAAUUCACUUAAACAAAUCAUUUUCAAGUGUAGCAGGUGUGCGGAUUUAAGUGUUCAUUAUCUUGCGACUAUAUCCGGGGAGGGGGGCAUAUUGUCCUGUCCUGUAUGUCUGCCCCCUACUUUAACAUUGCUACAUGUGUACUAACUUUUGAACUGUGGGUCAAAUGCCUCUCAUAUUUCAUAUAUCAGUAUCCUAUACAACAAGACCUUCCUAAUAGUUUUUAACCCUGUGACCUUAACUGUAAUUAGAGUUUGACUUUUUAUUAAGAAUACCAAACUCAAGCAGUAUCUCCUGAACUAUUUCAAUACAGCGUUUGGAUUUUGUAGAUAGAUUCCUUAUGACAGAACCUUACAUCUUACACCAUUUUCUUUGACUUUGCAGUCUUGACCUUAAAGUUUGACUUAUCUUUCAAAACUUGAGCUGAAACUUGAACCUUGCUGCUCAUCACUUUUGAAUUGUGAGUGAUAGGUCUUUCAUUUUUCAUAUCUGCUUCUUGUGACAAAACAUGUUUACGUAUCAAAGUUUUUAAACUUGU